GCCGCGGGAGCCCCCGAGCGAUCCCCCUGCCGCCUCUGAGUGCCGCCUUCCGCCUGGGCUACCGCCGGCGCCGCCGCCGAGGGAGCUGCCGCAGCCGGGUCGGGGAGGAGGCGGCGCGGCAUGAAGCGGCGCAGGCCCGCACCCUGACGCGCGUCGGGACGGUCCGGGCGGGGCCGGGGGGAAGGAUUGGAUGUGAGAAAAGGCAAGACUCCUGUGAGAAGAGAACAGAAUGAGCAGAGGGAUCUAUGCUUGAAGUUGAGUCACUUGGAAAAGAUCUCUUUGAAUGUGGAAGAGAUCUGAGCAGAUGAAAAUACAAUCGGGAAAAUGCAACAUGGCAGCAGCAAUGGAAACAGAACAGCUGGGUGUUGAGAUCUUUGAAACUGCAGAGUGUGAGGAGAAUAUUGAAUCAGGGGAUCAGCCUAAAUUGGAGCCGUUUUAUGUGGAGCGGUAUUCCUGGAGUCAGCUUAAAAAGCUGCUGGCUGAUACCAGAAAAUAUCAUGGCUACAUGAUGGCUAAGGCACCACAUGAUUUUAUGUUUGUAAAGAGGAAUGAUCCAGAUGGGCCUCAUUCAGACAGGAUCUAUUACCUUGCUAUGUCUGGUGAGAACAGAGAAAAUACACUGUUUUAUUCUGAAAUUCCCAAAAACAUCAACAAAGCUGCAAUCUUAAUGCUCUCUUGGAAGCCUCUUUUGGAUCUUUUUCAGGCAACACUGGACUAUGGAAUGUAUUCUCGAGAAGAAGAACUAUUAAGAGAAAGAAAACGUAUUGGAACAGUUGGUAUUGCUUCUUAUGAUUAUCACCAAGGAAGUGGAACAUUUCUCUUUCAAGCUGGUAGUGGAAUAUAUCACGUAAAAGAUGGAGGGCCACAAGGAUUUACUCAACAACCCUUACGGCCUAAUUUAGUGGAGACUAGUUGUCCCAACAUUAGGAUGGAUCCAAAAUUAUGCCCAGCUGAUCCAGACUGGAUUGCAUUUAUACAUAGCAAUGAUAUUUGGAUAUCCAACAUUGUAACCAGAGAAGAAAGGAGGCUAACCUAUGUGCACAAUGAGCUAGCCAACAUGGAAGAGGAUCCCAGAUCAGCUGGAGUUGCUACCUUUGUUCUUCAAGAAGAAUUUGAUAGAUAUUCUGGCUAUUGGUGGUGUCCAGAAGCUGAAACAACUCCCAGUGGCAGCAAAAUUCUUAGAAUUUUGUAUGAAGAAAAUGAUGAAUCUGAGGUGGAAAUUAUUCAUGUUACAUCUCCUAUGUUGGAAACAAGAAGGGCAGAUUCGUUUCGUUAUCCUAAAACAGGCACAGCAAAUCCAAAAGUCACUUUUAAGAUGUCAGAAAUAAUGAUUGAUACUGAAGGAAGGAUUAUAGAUGUCAUAGAUAAGGAACUAAUUCAGCCUUUUGAGAUUCUGUUUGAAGGAGUUGAAUAUAUUGCCAGAGCUGGAUGGACUCCAGAGGGAAAAUAUGCUUGGUCCAUCCUGCUAGAUCGCUCCCAGACUCGCCUACAGAUAGUAUUGAUCUCGCCUGAAUUAUUUAUCCCAGUUGAAGAUGAUGCCAUGGAAAGACAGAGACUCAUUGAGUCAGUGCCUGACUCUGUGACGCCACUGAUUAUCUAUGAAGAAACAACAGACAUCUGGAUAAAUAUCCAUGACAUCUUUCAUGUUUUUCCCCAAAGUCAUGAAGAUGAAAUUGAAUUUAUUUUUGCCUCUGAAUGCAAAACAGGUUUUCGUCAUUUAUAUAAAAUUACAUCAAUUUUAAAGGAGAGCAAAUAUAAACGAUCCAGUGGUGGGCUACCUGCCCCAAGUGAUUUCAAGUGUCCUGUCAAAGAGGAAAUAGCAAUUACCAGUGGUGAAUGGGAAGUUCUUGGCCGGCAUGGAUCUAAUAUCCAGGUUGAUGAAGUCAGAAAGCUGGUAUAUUUUGAAGGCACCAAAGAUUCUCCUUUAGAACAUCACCUGUACGUGGUCAGUUAUGUAAAUCCUGGAGAAGUGACAAGGCUGACCGACCGUGGCUAUUCCCACUCUUGCUGCAUCAGCCGGCAUUGUGACUUCUUUAUAAGUAAGUACAGUAACCAGAAGAAUCCACACUCUGUGUCCCUUUACAAGCUGUCAAGUCCUGAAGAUGACCCAACUUGCAAAACAAAGGAAUUUUGGGCCACCAUUUUGGAUUCAGCAGGUCCUCUUCCUGACUAUACCCCUCCAGAAAUUUUCUCUUUUGAAAGUACUACUGGAUUUACAUUGUAUGGAAUGCUUUACAAACCUCAUGAUUUACAACCUGGAAAGAAAUACCCCACUGUGCUGUUCAUAUAUGGUGGUCCUCAGGUGCAGUUGGUGAAUAAUCGGUUUAAAGGAGUCAAGUAUUUCCGUUUGAAUACUCUAGCCUCCCUGGGUUAUGUGGUUGUAGUGAUAGACAACAGGGGAUCCUGUCACCGAGGGCUUAAAUUUGAAGGCGCCUUUAAAUAUAAAAUGGGACAAAUAGAAAUUGAUGACCAGGUGGAAGGACUCCAGUAUCUAGCUUCUCGAUAUGAUUUCAUUGAUUUAGAUCGUGUUGGCAUCCAUGGCUGGUCCUAUGGAGGAUACCUCUCCCUGAUGGCAUUAAUCCAGAGAUCAGAUAUCUUCAGGGUUGCUAUUGCUGGAGCCCCAGUUACUCUGUGGAUCUUCUAUGAUACAGGCUACACAGAACGUUACAUGGGUCACCCUGACCAGAAUGAACAGGGCUAUUACUUAGGAUCUGUGGCCAUGCAAGCAGAAAAGUUCCCCUCUGAACCAAAUCGUUUACUGCUCUUACAUGGAUUCUUGGAUGAGAAUGUCCAUUUUGCACACACCAGUAUAUUAUUGAGUUUUUUAGUGAGGGCUGGAAAACCAUAUGAUUUACAGAUCUAUCCUCAGGAGAGACACAGCAUAAGAGUUCCUGAAUCUGGAGAACAUUAUGAACUGCAUCUUUUGCACUACCUUCAAGAAAACCUUGGAUCACGCAUUGCUGCUCUGAAAGUGAUAUAAUUUUGACCUGUGUAGAAUUCUGGUAUACACUGGCUGUUUAACCAAAUGCGGGGGUUUAAUCAAUAGAAAGUAUAGAAUUGAUCAUCACAUUUUGAUAUCUGCCACAUAACAUUUACUUCUAAAAGUAUAUUUGGUGCCAUGCAGGCAUCUACAGUUCAUGGAUAAUAAUCUGAUACUUUUGACCAUACACACAGAAAAUUGAAUGACACAUAUUUCUAAGGGACCCAGCAAUACCUUGAGAAUUACUGAAAGAAAUAAGACAUUAGCACUAUGUAUCCAUAUUACCUUUUUUUUUUUUCACUUUUAAUAGCAUUAUAAACCUCAUGGACUUAAUUAGUGUAUUUUUACAGUAUACUUCUGAGUUUGUAAAAUAUGAUGAUAUUAGUGAUUGGUUGGUUCAAUUCCAGAAUCUCUGACUAGUUACAGAUUUGAUAGCACUUAAAUGUAAUUGAAUAGCUUAAGCUUCAUUGCUUGGGGUGUAUCCAGCAUGUUAUGAACUAAUCACUAUUAAACCUAUGACUUAACCAGUCAAUAAUGAUUUUUUAAGGAAAACAGUGGCCUCCUAAAGACACAUAUUUUGUUCAUUCAUGUUCUGACCGGUUUUUAGCCAAUUUUAACUGUACCUAGUAUAAAUAGUUCUCUUUGAUGAAAUGGCAGAGUGAGUUUUUCCUUUUCCUAUAUGUAGCAUGUAUUUAAUUAAUUAGUCUUAAUAAUAUUGAUAAUUAUAGGCAAAAAUUUUUAAUCAAAUGAUUAGAGCUUAAAUAUUUACUGGUGAUUUGUUUUCCUUUAGGAAAAGGAAAAAGUACACAUUCACUUGUAUUCUUCAGAAAAUGUAGUGGUGCCAGUUUCCAUUGGGUAUUUCCUUAUUAAAAUGGUCCAGGGUUUUAGAGAGAUGGAAAGGAACCUCAGUAGGGUCGGGGAGACCAGGGUGUGGAGAAUGACAGGGAAAGGAGAAGGUGAGGAAGGUCUGCUCAAGGACUAAGAAAUAUAAUUUGACCAAAAGUCCUCAUGACAAAGUCUGGAAAGUAAAAUUUAAACUCCUGAAUGUUAAGGAAACCAGGAUUUAAAAAUUACUCUCUUUUUAUAUUUAUAGACUAUAAUGUUAUUCAGGAGAGGAAAAGUUCCUUAAGAGUUACUUUUGUAAUUCUAAAUUCUAAUUUUUUGUUAUUUUCUUUUAGUUUAGAAACCUUACAAAUUUAAACUAUCUUGAUCCUCCUUUAAUUAUUUGAGCAUAAUUUAGAUAUUGUGAGCUUAAAAUAAAGAGGUUUCUAGAACAAUCUCUUUACCAUAAACUGAUCCCCAACAAGCCAUGUCUCUUUUUCAGUGUUCAAAGCCUAGAGCAGUUUCUUGAAUGGCCAUGACAUUUCCUGGGUUAGCUGGCUGUAACAGCGCUCAUAGGCUUUCAGGUACUGAUUGGAAUCUGUCCCCUAGAGUCUCGGGGUGCAGAUGGGUUACAUGGGAGCCAGUAGUGGAGAAGGCACCUGAGUUUGACCCUGUUUAUCACAAACUUCAGUGUUUGGAAAGUUGCUACAAGUAUUUUUAAACAACGCUCCAAGGAAAUUGGGUGGGUUUUUUUUUUUUUUUUUCACUCUCUCUCACCACUACACAGAGGAGAUUUCUCCGAUAGAGAGCACAGCCUCCAUUAGGAAGAGUGGUGACUGCGCAUCAGAGGUGGCUUGAUCAGUGAGGGCCAGGUGGGAAGUGGGGGGAGUCCAGAAGGCAGGGUGACCUGGUGGUUCUGUCCACAGGAAGGAGAAGGUUUUGCUGUUUGUAUAUUUAUACUGUAUAAUAGGUGCCACAAUUUCCCCUUUUGUCUGUAUAUGUAUUGACUUCCUUGUUGAUGAUAUUUUCCCAUGCGAAGACUUGUUUAUAUUUUUUUCAAUGUUAAAUUAAAUUGAUUUGGUAA